UUUAUGAUCUCUUUUUGCAGAGGUAAAAAAUCCAAUCCUCAUGAGCUACAACUCUGAUAUGUGUGAGUCCAGAUGGUGUGAACAAGGCUGUGAUGAGAACACAGGACGAUGUAUUUGUCGCAAAGGUUACAAACUAGAUUUAAAUGAAAAAUGUGCUGAUGUAAAUGAGUGUUCAGAUGGUACAGCUCAAUGUCAUGCGUAUGCAGGUUGUCUAAAUACAAAAGGAAGCUAUCAGUGUGUAUGUAGUGGUGAAUAUUAUGGUGAUGGACAGUCUUGCCAAGAAUGUUCUGCACCAUGUGAAAAAGGAAUGUUUGAAGUGCAGCCAUGUUCAGAUAAGGAACAGAAAAUCUGCGAAGAAUGCACAAAGGACUGUGGAAAAGGAUAUUAUAUGCACCGUCAGUGUGGACUCACAUUUAAUGCCAAAUGCAGAAGUAAGUGAUGAUAUUUUUCAUGUAUUUGUAUCUUUUGUACUGCUUUAGUCAAUAUUUAUAGUGGAUGAUUGUUGUAGCUCU